AUGUCUAACAACACUUCGACGACGAGCACAAGUAGCCAUAAUCAGAAGAAUAUUCCAACGGCAACCAAGACGAACAGCAAUAACCAGAAGAGCAAUACUCCUUCUACGGCGAAGACGAACAUCAACAUCCAAAAAAGCGCACCUUCUUUGGCUGGAAAUCGCAAAUCUAGCAAGCCAAAUAGCCCUAGAAAGCCAUCAGCUCCCACAUCCCCCAAAAAAGGCAAAACUGGAAGGGAUACGCCGGAAGAGUUUCAAUUCGACUUUGACAAAAGCACAAAAGAACAAAUCUUGGCGGCUCUUGAAAAGUCACAGCAAGAAGACGACGAUCAACCGCUGAUCAGUGCGCAACAUUCACAAUCAGAGACAAAUUACGACGUCAAGAAGCUGGUACAAUCAUAG